AUGCCCAAGGAAAAGCCUUCGUCCACACGGGCGGCCAAGACGCAGGCUCUUGAUGACCUGAUCAUGGGGACAAACAGCAGCAGCAUUGUGUCCAAGAGGAGUGUUGAGCGGCUCUACUACCCCAAUGAGCUGCACUUCUUUCGAUACUUUGUCAACAAGUUCCAACGAAGAGCUCCCCUCAUAAAUCGUGGAUACUGGCUAAGACUCAGGGCUAUUGAUGUGAUAGUUCGCCAAUUCAUCACUAUCCCAGAGCCGGGCCGAAGAAAGGUGGUCAUCAAUCUCGGGGCAGGAAGUGACGUUCUUCCUUGGCAAUCGUACCAUCGAUAUGGCGAUUCUUGCGGGGAUGCAUUGUUCAUAGAUGUUGACUACCCGGAUCUCAUGCGAAAAAAGCGAGCAAUCGUUCUAGGCACCCCCCAACUCCACGAGUUGUUGGGUGAAGAUCCUUACAUCAGUGAAAAAGAUACAGACCAUCUCCUUCUUCGCAGUGAUAAAUACUGCCAGGUAGGAUGCGAUCUCAGGGAAUUGGAAACACUCCGCAAAUGUCUCGAGUCGUUUCUACCCCUAUCCGAAUGUUCAGUAUUGUUUGUUGCCGAAGUCUCGGUGACUUAUAUGGACACAAUAUCGGCAGACUCUCUUAUCCAAUGGGCAAGCUCUAUCGGGCAGGCUGAAUUCUGUCUUUUGGAACAAAUCCUACCUCAUGGACCGGAUCAUCCCUUUGCCAGCACCAUGUUGAAGCACUUUAACAAACUCAACACAUCUCUCAAAUCUGUACACCAGUAUCCAACUGUUGAUAGCCAACGUAGCCGAUUUGAGAAGCGAGGCUGGAACAGUGUUGAUGUCUGGGAUCUGUGGGAGGCAUGGAAUAGCGAGGUGUUUCUCAACUCGUCCGAAAGGGCUGCCCUGGACGACGUCGAACCGUUUGAUGAGUGGGAAGAGUUUAUUCUCUUCGCGAGACACUACAUUGUUUUACACGCCACAUCCUAUCAUCGGAGCGAGAAGGGUGCUGGACAGCAGAUGCUUACCUCUCCUCCUGGCAAGCAUGUCAAAGCAAAUAUGGUCGCCAACAAGUCUCUGGGUGCACCCAAGCGGCGAUUCGGGUCACCAUUGGUAGCAUCCAGCCCAGAAGGAGGACAAUACCUGGUCCACACCUUGGGUAUGGGAAUCAAUGCAAGACUUGAUUCGUGUGACAUAUACUCUAUUCAAGAAAGCAACGUCUCUUUCGAAAUGCCACCCAUCGGCCCUUCCGCGAGGAUCUGCCAUACGACUACAGACCUGGGGCAGGGUGACUUUUUGCUUGUUGGAGGUCGUGCCUCUCCCUCAAAGGCUUUCAGUGACUGCUGGGUCUUGAAGAAGAGCUCGAACAGUUGGGAAAAGACGUUUGACCUGCCUGUUCCUUUGUUUCGACACUCUACUGUCAAUUUGCCGGGCUCAUCACUCGCUUUGGUAUUAGGCGGCAAGACAGGGCCUUCUGAAAUAUCAUCGGAUUACUUUAUCUUCCAUCCCAUCAGAGGAUGGCUCAAAUGUGCAGUUUCUGGAGUGUCGCCUAACUCGACCUUUGGGGCAUUUGCCGUAGCUUCUACAGGCAUUUCAAGCAAGCUUGGGCACUUUGAAGGCUUACUGGCUGGUGGAAUAGACGGCGAAGGAAAGAUCAACAACCAGGCCUACAUUUGGACUGUUGACGUUACAACUCACGAGCCAAGCAUCCAUUUUGAAUCUGUCCCAAAUUAUGACCAUCACUCCUGGGCAUUGUCCGUUUUCGGUGCCCAAACUGCCAACAUCGAAUCCCUAAGUUUUGUGUGUGGUGGCGUUGGCCAAGAUCCUUCUUCGCAAGGCCAAUCCGUGGCUUGCCUUGCCAUGAAGGACAAAUCAUUAGAGGUUCAUCUCGUUGAUUUGGGAGAAAAGGCCGGGCAGCUGCCUUUCAUGGUAGGCUCUGCGACUGUUUCUUCCGGUUCUCAACUGGUCAUAGUCGGUGGAGGAGCUACCUGCUUUUCCAUGGGAACAUUCUGGGAUACCGGCAUUUAUAAAGUUGAUCUUGCAGAUGUUUUCUCUGGGAUAAUUCCUGGCCGACCAAUCCAUAAUGAGCCAGUCGUUAUUAAGUAUCAGAAUUCACCCAAGCUGACACAACCAACAACGGACUGUGGCCAGCCUGGACCCCAGUCCAAUGCUUGUAUCACUACGAUUCCAAAGAUCAAAUUGCGAUCAAAAUCCGAUUUCGAGAAAUUAGUCCAGAAUCGAAAGCCGGUUAUCAUUGAGGGCCUGGACUUGGGUGGCUGCACGGAGAAAUGGAACCCGGAGUACAUGGCACAAAGUAUGGGCGAGACUAAAGAAGUUGUCGUUCACGAAUGUCAGACUUCGACAGGCAGGAUGGACUUCAACUCCAAGAACUUUCGUUAUGUUACUGAGUCAUUCUCAUCGUUCAUGACCAAAGCCGCCAGAGGAGAACCGUUGUACUUGCGUGCUCUCUCUGAAGAAAAGCCCACAGAGGCGCCGGCAAACCUUGCAGAUGAUUUCCCAGGCUUGGCCGACGACUUUCGGCUACCAGAAGAACUUGGCUCAGUUAAGGAUCGGAUGUUCAGUUCCGUGCUGAGAAUAUCUGGCAGAGCAAACAUGUGGCUGCACUACGAUGUCAUGGCAAACGUUUACACGCAAAUCCAAGGCUCAAAGCGCAUGAUUCUAUUCCCGCCAACUGACGUUAACCAUUUAGCCUUUGCGCCAGGUGCCUCGAGUUCAAGCCUAGACGUCUUUUCAGCCCUAGAUACGAAUCGACUGGCAUCGACUAAUCCCUACGAAGCAUUCCUGAACCCAGGCGAUCUUCUGUUUAUCCCAGCUAUGUGGUUCCAUACAGCCAGCCCAUUGGCGGAUCUCAGUGUCGCAGUCAAUGUAUUCUUCCGCGAUCUUGAAAGUGGUUACUCGACAGGCAGAGAUGUUUAUGGGAACCGAGAUCUGGCUGCGUACGAGAAGGGACGACAAGACAUCAGCCGGAUUACCAAGAGUUUCGACCGUUUGCCUUCUGAGAUCCGUCAAUUCUACCUUAGAAGGCUUGCGGAUGAGCUGCUACAAGAACAGCACUGA